CAACAGAAGCAACUGCACCUCCAUCACUCUGUACGACACUUCAAUUCCUCAUUUACUUCAAUCUUCUCAAUUCUAAUUUCUUCUCUCUCCAAAAUAGAGAGAGAAAGUAUUUGCGUGAAUCACCAUCGCCGAUGAAGAUAAUGCCGCGAAAUUUGGCGGUUUUUAUCACCGUCGGUGCUUUCCUCAUCGCCAUUACCGGCGCCGAAGAUCCAUACAGAUUCUUCGAAUGGAAUGUCACAUAUGGCGAUAUCUAUCCACUCGGUGUUCGUCAACAGGGCAUUUUGAUUAAUGGAAAGUUUCCUGGGCCUGAUAUUUACUCAGUUACAAAUGACAAUCUCAUCAUCAAUGUCUUCAACAGCUUAGACGAACCUUUUCUUAUCUCAUGGUAA